AACAAGCAGUUCCCCAGGAAGAACCGUUUGUACCUAGUGACGUUUCUUCAAAGCGGACUUCAGGGUUUUACAAAAUGUUUCAGAGGGUUAAGCUCUAAUGAGGACAAACUGCACAGCUGCCCAUGCAGGCCUGGUAAUUGCACUGAGAUUACCUUGAGGAGUUGAACUCCUUCCAAGUGCCCCUGAUGUUUGGAUAAGUGCAGCUGUGUUGUGUGCUGAAGGAAAAAUGUUUGGCAAAAGCAGAGGAGUGAGGAGUGAAGUUAAUGAUUAUCCCCUUGCAUCCUGGGACCCAUGCUCCUGCUCUGCCCCAGCCAGAGUGGUGGAGGCUCACAAGGCAGCAUGGUCCCACUCUUUCCUUUGGCUGUGAUUGUGGGUCUGCUUAGUCUGAUGGGCCCUGCCAGGAGCCCAAAGACCGAGCCCCUGAGUGGCUCCAGUGAGCAGCCUCUCUUCCGUGGAGCUGAUCGCUAUGACUUCGCCAUUGUUGUCCCUGCAGGUGGCACAGAGUGCUUCUGGCAGUUUGCACAUCAGAGCGGCUACUUCUACUUCAGCUAUGAGGUACAACGGACUUCAGGAAUUGGACAUGACCGACAUGUCUUGGCCACUGCAAACGAUCCCAACGGCCUCCAGAUGGGCACGUCCCAGGAUGUACGAGGACAGAUGAACUUCCCCACCAAAGAGACAGGUUUUUACCAGCUGUGCUUGAGCAAUCGGCUCAACCACUUCGGUGUGGUGCAGGUUUAUCUCAACUUUGGUGUGUUCUAUGAAGGCUUUGACCUGCAAAACUCGCCAGACAUGGAAAGGAAGAAAAUGAAUGACACACUGGAGGCAAUUGAGGAGAGCACCCGCAAGCUGCAGGCCCACGUCUUCCACAUGUGGCGCUUUUAUAACUUUGCCCGGAUGAGGAAAGCAGCUGACUAUUUCAUCCUUCAGUCCAACUAUAACUACGUGAACUGGUGGUCACUGGCUCAGAGCCUCGUCAUUGUCCUCUCGGGUGUCCUGCAGCUGUAUUUCCUAAAGCGGCUCUUCAAUGUGCAGCCCACUACUGCCACCAACAAACCGAGGUGCUAAGGCCUCUGGCUUACACCACUGCUGGACCCAUGCAGCAGGAAGGACCAAAGGAAAGGCCCGUAACACUGCAGAGCACACUGAACUCCAUCUCAUCCUUUCUCCCCUCCGCCUCCAUGGAAGAAUGGGAGAUCCUACCUGUGGAAGGAGCUGGACUGGGGGAUUUUUUCAGGUACAGAAUUCCCCUCAAUGCCCUAGCGUUCAGCUGGCUCUUUAUCUUCAGUCUCUACUCGGCCUGUAGCACAAGACCCAUUUUGGGGGGAGGAAGAAGGGAUGGUUCACUGUUGGUUUAGGCCUAAUCUGCCCAAUGGUCUAAUAGUGAAAUGGCUUGAAAAGCUGUUCAUGUAUUUAUAAAUAAAACAAACUGUUCAGACUGCA